UCGCCUAGACAUGAACCGAGUUGAGGAAGGAAUGGCUGUGCAGUUCUUGAACCAUAAAUAAUAAUAAUAAAAAAAAAAGAAUAAAGAAUAUCGCCCCCUUUUUUUAAUUUUAUUUAUUUUUUGUUUUGAUUUCCAUGGAGACUUUGUAACCUACAGCGUUUUCUGUGACUGUCGUGACUGGAAUGGCGUGAGAUUGCACUUGGAAACAUCUGGACGCUAAUUUGGGGGUAUCCAGCUGUUCGGGUUUGGGCGUUCAUAUAAAAAAGAAGCAUUGUGUGUGUGUGUGUUUGUUUGUGUGUGUGUGAGAGAGAGUGUUUUUGGAAAAUGCCACGGGACAGCAGUAAACCUUCGCUGGUCCAGAAAAUCGCGAUCCAGGCGCAGGUUACGUUUAAAAACGGCGACGACGAGAAAGAUCUGGCGGGGAACCUGGCGGGGAACCUGGCGGAUCUACGGGCGCUUCUGAGCGACAUAAGGGCCGCAGAUCUCAACAUCGCGCCUCCGAAGAAGAAGAAGAGUUCGGGCUCGGGGACGCGGACGCGGACGCAGGCGCACAGCCGAGCCCCGGUCACAUACAUGCACAUUUGCGAGACCAGUGCGUUCAGCAUGGGCGUGUUCGCGCUGCGGAGCGGAGUCUCCAUCCCUCUGCACGACCACCCGGGAAUGAACGGCAUGCUCAAGGUGCUCUACGGCAAAGUCCGGAUACGUUGCUUCGACAAACUUGAAGGGUCUCCUGACGCUCACCCUGAUCACGUGGGAUCCGGGGCUGGCAGCGAGAGCGUGGAUCCGGACUCGUUGUGCGCGGCCGCGCUGCGCUCCUGUGCCGAGUUCACGCAGCAGAGCGCGCCGUGCGUACUCAGCCCCCGCAGGGACAACCUGCACCAGAUCGACGCGGUCGAUGGACCAGCGGCCUUCCUGGACAUCCUGGCUCCGCCGUACGACCCGGACGACGGCAGGGACUGCCACUACUACCGAGUAUUGCGCACGACCAGGAACAACGGGGACGACCAAAAAGAUGAAGAAACCGCUUGGCUUUUAGAGAUCCCCCAACCAGAGGAGUUCUGGUGCGGGGGCGAGCCUUACCCUGGCCCUAAAGUCACCGUGUAGGACCGCCUUUUAGAACUGAUUUCUGGGGGCUUGGUUUGCCAUGUAUUAAAGUAAUGGCAUGUACUGAAGUUAUAUCAAUACAUGCCAAAUAGGGGGGGAUAGGUGGGGGAGGGGGGGGGUGUCACCUGAAUUUGAGAAUUUUCACCUAGGUGCAUGUUGUGUAGCUCAACUCAACCUACUGGUCCAUUUACAUCAUUUCUUUAAGAUAUAAAGAUUCAGAACUCUUGAGUUUACAACAAACUGAGCUGAACUGUAGUGUGUGACAUUCCAUUAAUUUGUGUUAAAUUAAUGUGUGAGUCAUUACUUUUAUGGGAAUUGUGGCAGAUUUGUAUGUAUAUAUACACACAGACACCACACGGUAUUUCAGCCUUACACCUUUUCACAAGGGACACUUUAAUAAUUGAUCAAAUGUGACAUGGCAUCUGAUCAAUUCAGUUAUAACUGUGACAUUGGGACACUACACGUUGUUGUUUACAGACUCGAUAAUCCGUUUAAAUCUCAUUUUUAUUAAAGGUAUAAUAACUAUUUUCUGCAAAUCCUGAUAUAAUAGAGUUUUAGAGAGAUAUAUCCUUCACCCCUUAUAUUGUCUUUGUAUUGCUAUGUAUUGCAAUCACGAUGCACUUUCUAACAUUUAUCACAUGGAUAAAGCAGCAUUUAAUAGCAAUUUCUUUGCCAUGCGACUUAAAUGAGAUUUCGAUUAAAGACUUGGCCACAAGGCCAUUUUGACCAAAGCUAUUUAUGUUUGCGGAACAGAAACGCUCAUCCGGCGGUUCCGAGUUCAUUCAGAACACACACCAACACAUUUACCCUUCUGUAAUAGUAUUAAAAAGAUCAGUAUACUGACUGCCAUACUGCAAAUAACCGUGUCUGUGUGGGGCCGUGUUCAGCGUGUGCUGGAUUUGUAAUUAUCUUUUUAAUUACUUUUGGUUAUUAAUGUCCGGUUAUGUAUCUUAAUUAUUGAUAGAUUUUAAAGCUAUAAAGAUGGGGGAAAAAUUACUUCUUUUACAUGCAUUUUUUUGUAUAUUCACAGUGUUUUUCAGUCCUGCUUCUCUACAAUACACAUCCGACUUUAUUUUUAAUGAUCUAAUGGUUUCACAAUAAAUAUACAGUAUGAAUGUAUUAGAGCAGGAAAAAUUCCUGUGUCAAAGAAAAAAACUUCAGGACCAAGAUUCUAAGAAAGUUCUUUUCCCCAACUAUACAGUACAUUCCUGACACUAUUCAAAUAAUCUCAAUGACCUAUGAUUUACAAGAUCUGUGAUUUUGGGGUUAUGUAAUAUUGAAAAUGUAAAAUGAUCUAUUAAAUAUAUAAAUUGUUGAAUGUAGCCAUGCAUUUAAAGCUUAUGCCGACUUUCAUGCACACUACACACAUAGCUUCUCUUAUAUACAGUACUUGUGCUAUAUUUAUUAAAGUUUGUAUUAUCGGUUAUGUGUAUUGUCCAUCAUGUUUUAUAUCCUGACUUUAAAACACAAUUAAAUUCUUAUGACCCUG